AUGGUGAAAGACACGCCUGAAGCGAAGAGGAGACCUUCCGGGACGUCAAGAGUGCGAUUUGACCCGGCCGCGGAGCAAAGCCAAGCAGCAGAGGUAGGGCUGAAGGACCACAACGAGAGGUUAAGCGACAUCGCACGGAGGCUCUGCAAUGGAGUCGAGGCCCAGGAAGAGAGAGCGCUGCAGUGGGCGAGGCUGUUGGACUCGGCUCUGAAUUACAAGCUGCCCUGGAAGGACAGAGAAGUCCGCUUACGGGUGCUGUACCACUGCUUAUAUGGCCUGGCAGAUGCGAAGGCUCUUCCAAGCGUCCCCACUGCCUUGCUGACCCAGCCAUGUUCAGUGGAAGGGGCGGACAAGCGCGUCCAGGCCAACAUUGAGAGUCUGCGCAUUUCGCUUCCGGAGGCCCUGAAGCAAGUCUCCACGCAGAGGCAUCCGGGCGCCUACUUCCUUCUGACCUGCCACCUGGGCAAGGAGCGCCUCCCAGCAUGCCAGGGCUUCCCUUGGCUCACGUUUGGCGUGAUCCUGCUCUUGCUGGGGGUCCUUUGCGGCCCGGGCCGCGCCGAGACCCCGGUCGCCUUGCCGGCGCAAGGCUGGGCCGAGGUCUCCUUGCCAGCCCCAACUGGUGCUGCGCAGACGGCUGCGGUCGCCCCGCUGCUUGUUGCAGGUGCUCUGCUGGUGACCCUUCGGCGGGUGACCUCCAGUCGUGCACAGGACUGGAGCUUGCUGCUUUGCUUGGGUAUGUUGAGCAUUGGUGCGGCCAACCGCGACGUGCGCGUCGGACAAGAGAACGCGAGCUUCUCAGCAAGCUGCUUCGCAAGCUGUGAGGAUGCUUCGAGAGCACCAAGCCUCUCCCUCCCCGUUGCGCGGGAGCCGCUAGGUGUGGUGUGCCUUCGCACACCUGCCAACGGCUCCUCGAGCGCUGUCUUGGGAAGCAGGAGGUAA